UUCUUUUCAAAAAAGUUUUUUUUGCCGCUUUUCUUCUCUUCUCAGUCGUGCACAUGCUAAUUAAUUACUCGUGUAUUUAUUUCACUCACAUCCCUUCUCAGUCUCUGGCCCUCACUCUCGCUCUCAGCUCAGCUCAGCUCGCCGGCUCUGUUCAUUCUUAUCCCCUCGCCUCUCUUCACCUCCCUACCUGUACCUUUCUUUCCCCACCUCCACCCCACCUCGUCCGUGUCCGUGUCCUUCCUCCCGGGGGGCAAGCAGGCCGGCCGGGGCAGGCGCGACCGGUGAUCUUGGUGGGCUCCUUGUGGGGGCGUGGUGUGCUGCGAGAGCGGCGGCGGAGUGGGCCCGAGGCAGCAGGGAGGCAGAGAGGGGAUGGAGGCGGUGGUGGACGUCAAGUACAUGCCGGCGCUGUUCCUGAACGGCGGCGGCGCUGGGGCCGCGGUGGCGGCGGGCAAGAAGAUGAGGCCCGCGGCGGCGGCGGCGGCGGCGUGGGGCGCCGGCGAGGCGGGGGUGUACCGGGAGUGCCUCAAGAACCACGCGGCGAGGCUGGGCGGGCACGCCCUCGACGGGUGCGGCGAGUUCAUGCCGGCGCCGGAGGCCGACCCCGCCGACCCGGGCUCGCUGCGGUGCGCCGCGUGCGGCUGCCACCGCAACUUCCACCGCCGGGUCCCCGAGGCGCCGCCCUCGCCGCCCCUCCUCGCGCUGCCCCCGCCGCCGCCGCCGCAACCGUCCGCCGCGCGUGACGCCCGCGCGCUGCGGGGCGAGGAGGCGCCCGAGGACCGCCUGCCGGCUGCCUUCGACGACGAGACCGAGUCGUCGGACGAGGAGGGGUCGGAUUUCGACGAGGACCGCCCGCUGUCGCCGCUGCCGGCGCCGGCGGUGGGGCCGCCGCCGGGCUACCUCCCGCCGGCGCCGCACAUGCGCCUCGCGCUGGGCGCUGGUGCGCCGGGCGCCUCGACCCCCGCGCCCCCGCCCCCGGGCCCGGCGGCGCCGCCCGUCGCCGCGGCGGCGCCGAAGCGGUUCCGCACCAAGUUCAGCCCGGAGCAGAAGCAGCGGAUGCAGGCGCUGUCGGAGCGGCUGGGGUGGCGGCUGCAGAAGCGCGACGAGGCGGUGGUCGACGAGAGCUGCCGCGAGAUCGGCGUCACCAAGGGCGUCUUCAAGGUCUGGAUGCACAACAACAAGCACAACUUCGUCGCCGGCCACAGCGCGCGCCGCAGCGCCUCGUCCUCCUCCGCCGCCGCCGUCCCACCGCCCCACGCCACCGCCGCCGCGCCACCCGCUGCCCCGGCGCCGCCUCCUCCCCCGCCGCCGCCCGCGCCUGUCCACGCCGACUUCAACAUCAACGGCGCCGCCGACUACUUCCGCCGCGUCGUCCAUCCGGGGCCAUCGGUGGCGAGCGGCGCCGACUCCCCGCUGUCCGCCUAGUCAUCAAGACUUGUCGCGCUAAUCAGCCGUGGCUCUCUUCGAAGCCUCGUGUCUAAUUAACCAACCAACCAACCCUAAUGGCGGAGUGCUUGGCGCUAGUGGAGCUCGCUGGUCUUUGUUAAUGGUGGAGCCCAAGAAAGAUCUACCAAACCAAAACGUGGGCUUCCGGGAUCUGACGAUGUAAUGUUGAUUCAGGAUUUGCGCUGAUGAGCACUAGUACAGCACUAGCAGGUGGUAGACUGGUACUAAUAGCCGUAGCAAAUUGUUCUUGUUCUUGAGCUGUGGAUGAUGGUCGCGGGUUCUUGAGCAAAUUGUCUUCAUCUAGACCUCCAGCUGUUCUCCAAUGCUUGUUCCAAUCAAAUUGUUUUGAUAAGUUCCAAAUGCUCUGUGCCA